GACAAUUUUUUUCAUCAUCCUUUUGCUUCAUUAUGUUAUUGUUUAAUUCACUAGCACGACUCAGGCGUAUUUGAAAGUUGAAACUGAUUUACCAUAGCCUGACCGCAAAAUUACCGUCAUCGCCCUUUCAGAUUCUCCCUCCAUCCCUGCGGUCUUCAUUCUUCGGUUGCAGAAGUAUACAGAAACCCUAAUCGCCAUGGGAGAUAAUCGUCAGUCUUUUGUUUAUCAUGCUCUUGGUGGUGGUCCAGUGGCAGAUGUGUUGUUGUGGAGGAGAUGGUGUGGUAGUGUGACUCUGCUUGUCAGUUCCACUGCUCUUUGGAUUCUAUUUGAGAGAGCUGGAUAUAAUGUUCUUUCCUUUAUUGCUAAUGUCCUGUUGCUUCUAGUUGUGAUUCUCUUCUUCUGGGCUAAAUCUGCUUCACUUCUUAACAGGCCUCUACCUCCUAUCCCUGAUAUGGAGGUUCAUGAGGAAUCUGUCGUAAAAGCUGCUGAUAUGGUGCGUGUUUGGAUCAAUCAUGUAUUGAUGAUUGCGCAUGAUAUUGCUAUUGGUGGGAACUUAAAACUUUUUAUUAAGGUUUCUCUUGGCUUGUGGCUGAUAUCUUAUGUUGGUAGUUUUUGCAACUUCCUCACUUUCAUCUACAUGGGAAUUCUUUUUAGCUUGUCAGUGCCGCUGUUGUAUGACAAGUACCAAGAUCAAAUUGAUGACAAGCUUAUUAUAGCACAAAAGGUCAUUCAGACACAGUACAGGAAAAUUGAUGAUAACGUCCUGAGAAAGAUUUCAAGGCCUUUAAACAAGGAAAAGAAGACUCAAUAAACUGUUCUCUAACAUGGACCUGUGGGACUGCAUCAUCCAACAUUUUGAUAGUAUGAGGCUCAAUUGCCUUGCAAUGCAGUGUUAUGAAGAAAGCUCAACUUACUAGUUUUUGCUUAUUUUUUGUGAAUGAUUCUUGAUUUCUUGAUUAUCUUGGUUAGUGGAAAUGCCUGUUGCAGAUGGAGUAAUGUUUUAUAUGAUUGGAAAUAGAAAUAGUGUUAUGGUCAGUUUGAUUGGUAAUCCACUGGCAUUUUAAUGGAGCUUGUCCAUACUCUGGGAAUUAUCUUUUCCUAUGGAUUUAGAAUCUUUAUGGUCCUUGUUGCUUACUAAUUGUACUAUUUUGUAGUAUAUAUUUUGAGCCCUCAGAAACUGAGAUUAAUUUCUUUUUCUUCUUUCUUCCU